AUGGAAGAGAAGACAACAGAGAGAAAGGAAAUCGAGAGAAAAGCAGAAGAUAUGAAGAAAUUGAUGGAGGAGUUGGAAGGAUUGAAGGAGAAGAUGAAGGAGAAACCUGAAUGCAUGAUGAGUAUGAUCAUGGCAUCUUUUCUCUCCGCAGCUCUGCUGUUGCUGGUUCCUGGAAUCCUGACUGAAAAGUCUUCCAUUGAGUUGGUGGUAGUCAACAGCAUCUCAAACACACCCAAUAAGACCUACAGUACUAAUGUCGCAUUCAGAGGGGUCCUUAUCGGUGCCAUGAGAAGACUGCAGGAGACCAAUGCAGGAUUCAAUUUCACCUACACAGAGGACCGCAACUAUGGCCCCUUCCUGGUGAGUGUGAAUGGUGUAGCCGGGAACAAUACUGAAAACACUUUCUGGGAGCUCCUUGUUCAGACUGGGGGGAAUGGGACCAUAAUCAGACCUGAUGUGGGUAUUGGCUGUUACAUCCCUGAACCAAAUGACCGCAUCAUCCUAAAAUUUACUGAGUUCGUCUCGGGCUCGCACUCCGUGAGUGGCAACAGUUCGAAUCCUGGGAACCUCACAGCAGGAAACACUUCCAGACUAGAUUCCAUUGAGCUUGUGGUAGUCAACAACAUCUCAAACACCACCAACAAGACCUACAGUACUGACAUUGCAUUCAGAGGGGUCCUUAUCGGUGCCAUGAGGAGACUGCAGACCAAUUCAGGAUUCAAUUUCACCUAUACAGAGUACCCCGACUAUGGCCCCUUCCUGGUGAGUGUGAAUGGUGUGGCUGGGAACACUACUGAGAAGACUUUCUGGGAGCUCCUUGUUCAGACUGGGGGGAAUGGGACCAUAAUCAGACCGGAUGUGGGUAUUGGCUGUUACAUCCCAAAACAAAAUGACCGCAUCAUCCUGAAUUUUACAAUGUUCACCACAAACUCCAUGCAAGUGGCAGUUGUACAAAUCCUGCUGGAGAAGAUCGAGAAGGAGGGAGAGAAGAUAGAAAUAAAGGAGGGGGUGUUGGAGAAGGGAGUGGAGUUCGCAAAGGAUGAAAUGAAGAAGAGGAAGGAGGAGGUAAAGAGGAAAGAGAAGGAGGUGGCAAGGCAGAGAGACGGGUGGAGAAAGACAAACCGAGGGUGA